CUCAGUGUUGCCCGUUGGCUCCGCGCCUCCUCCCGGUGAUGGCCGGGGUGUCCCAACGGGAGGUCCGGAAAGCGGCUGAUCGGCGGCAGAAGCGAGUGCUGGAGGAGCAGAGGGCCAGGAUUAAACUGGUAUCCAAAAUUCUACAAAAACCUCAAGAACUACGAACAAAGGAUGACCUCGCUGUGCUUGCAGCAUGUGUUGAUACUGUGCAAGAGUUGGAAAAGCGAAAACAGAAGACUGAGGCACGAAAGAGGAAACUUGAAGAGGUUAUUGAUGAGCCUGAAGAACUAAGGAGAAAAGUUAAUCUGCUGGCAGCAGCUAUACAAGAAGCACAAUACCCAGUAAUCUAUUCUGGUGCAGGAAUCAGCACGGCUGCAUCUAUCCCAGAUUACAGAGGCCCCAAAGGGGUGUGGACAUUAUUGCAGAGUGGUAGGGAAGUGAGCACAGCAGAUCUCAGUGAGGCAGAGCCCACCCUGACUCAUAUGUGCAUCACUCAACUUUAUAAAGAAAAACUGGUGCAUCAUGUAGUGUCUCAGAAUUGUGAUGGAUUACAUUUACGUAGCAGUUUACCCAGGAAGGCACUUUCUGAACUACAUGGAAAUAUGUAUAUAGAGGUAUGCACAUAUUGCUCUCCUAACAGAGAAUACAUUCGUCUGUUCGAUGUAACAGAACGCACAUCAUUGCACAAACACAAUACUGGAAGAAAGUGCCACAAAUGUAAUAGUGAGCUGCGAGACACAAUUGUGCACUUUGGGGAAAAGGGAACACUGGAACAGCCACUGAACUGGAAAGGAGCAGCUGAAGCAGCCAAGAAAGCGGAUGUCAUCAUUUGUCUUGGAUCCAGUUUAAAGGUUCUUAAAAAGUAUGCAUGUCUUUGGUGCAUGAGUAGGGUACCUCAUAAAAGGCCAAAGCUGUACAUAGUAAAUCUACAGUGGACACCAAAGGAUGAUGUUGCUACACUGAAAAUCCAUGCAAAAUGUGAUGAUGUCAUGCGAUUGCUAUUGAAAGAACUUCAUUUGGAAAUUCCACAUUAUGACAGGUCCAAAGAUCCUAUUUUCAGUCUAGCUACUCAGCUGAGACCGGGGGAAGAAGACAGUCAUAGUCGUAAAUUACUAACCAAGGACAGUCCAGAAGGGGUGGCUUCUACUGUCUCUGGUGGUUGGUAUGGAAAAGGUUGUGCAAAAGGCAGAAGGAAGAAAAAAAUCUAAACUGGGAAUGCUGAUUGUCAUUGUUUACAUUUUUCUGAUUUUUAUCUUUCCAUCCUUCCCCAUGCAAACUCUGUUACUUUGGGGAGGGAGCAGAGCGACUGGAGGAUUUCUGCAAACCCUGAUGCCAAUACUAUGUAAUGCUGAUUCAGGAGGCUGUGUGCUUGCCUGCAUGACUAAAAGUUCCUUAUUGCAUAUUAGGUUGAUCCGGAAUGUCAUCUUUUCCCCUCUGGCCUGUGAUUUGAGUUAGUCAAGUAAUGAAGGGUCUCGAUGCACUACACUGUUGACUGGGCUACUAAAUUUCAAGCAUUGGAAACAUGGGCAAAUUGAUAGAACUUAAUGUGAUACUUGAGAUUUGGCUAUUGAAUACAGUAAAAAUAUUCCUCUGAUAAGCAGCUUUAGUAGCAUUUACAUUGAGGGAUGGUUAAUUGUCUUUGGCCAAAAGACAUUGACAGACAACCAAAUAUGAUUUAGGCCCACUGACUAUCAGUGAAGAAAGUAGCAUUUUCCUGAAGCACCCCAUAUUUAUUGCAAUAUAGGAAGUAAAGCAUUGUGUUUGUUUAAAUUAAUCGAUCUUUCAUCAUCCAUUUGCAGAGAAGUCUAAGUUCAAGGCACGUGUUAUGGGUGUACAUUAAUAAAUUCACUCUUCCCUACUUUCCUGCAGUGAAAGCACAAAACAAUGAAAUAAGCAGUUAACAGCAGUUUUCCAUUCACUCUGCAGUUAAAAAUUGCCUUUGUUCAAAGUUCAGUAGAAGCAUUGCAUCUACAUUAGUAACCAGUGAAUUUGUAAACCAGUGGACCUCACCCAAGAGCCAGUGAAAAACAGAUUCAUGUCAUUGACAUCAAAUCUUGUAAUCAAACACCAAAAUGGUAGCUGUCUACUGAUACAGCAUUUCCUUGUACCAAAUUUCAAUUUUUAAAGUAAUUUUCACUUUGUCAGAACAGUGUAUUUGUCAGCCACUUUCCAUCUUCAGUAUUGGCAUCAAGCAGAUAAAGCAGAAAACCUCUCUGUAGCUCUGGUGGUGCUCCAAACUUCUUAUGCUCCUAACUGAAAUUUUGAAAAAGUUAGGGAAGCCACAGAAAAUAAAGCUUUUGGAUAUAUUUUGCACUAGGAGGUAUUUCAAUUUACAAUACCAUUUGUAUGUCUUUGUUUACUUACUACAUAUUUUGACUACUUCUUGAAGAAUUUUCCAACCACCUCUUCAAUACCAGGGAUCUUUCUAAAUUGGUUGCUUUUCUAGAUUUACUACUCUUGCUUGUUGGAGAUCUUUUAAUAUGUUGUUUUACAGUUUAUUUUAAUACUGCAAGCUAGACUAACCGAUGGAUUGAUCUUGAAAUGAUCUCACUAUUACCCACACACUUAAUUGCUACUUAGCAGGUGAGAUGGCUCCACCCCAAUAUAAUCCUUAAUUUUCUCUAUACCGUUUCCUAAUGUACCCAAAUCACAUUGGUUUCAAACAAGAUGGAUUGUACUUAUUCAACAUGCAGAGCUCUAAUUCUUAACGAGUAGAAUUUUAAAAAUAAUAUUAAAUGUAAAUAACUUCCUCAGGGGGUGGGUUGGGGGAUGCAGAUAGUGUAUAGUCCUUGUAUAAAUGUUUUUAAAAUUCUACCAGUAUCUAAUCUGUUGAUAAUUGGAGCACAGUUUUGAAUGUGCAAAGACAGGGUCUUAGGUGAAAUAAUUUAUCUGUAUUAUAGUGAGAUGAGAAUGCCGAGGGAAGACCGUUGUUGUAGAUGUCAUGUAUAUAUCCUCGGGUGGCACGGUGGCUCAGUGAUUAGCACUGCUGCCUCACAGUGGCAGGGGCCUGGGUUCAAUUCCACCCUCGGGAGUGGGUGGAGUUUGCACAUUCUCCCUGGGUCUGCGAGGGUUUUCUCCCACAGUUCAAAGUUGUACAGCUUAGGUGGAUUGGCCAUGCUAAAUUACCCGUAGUGUCCAGGGUGUUUGGUCUAGGUGAAUUAGCCAAGGGAAUUGCAGGCUUUACAGGGAAUAGGUAGGAGGUGGGUCUGGGUGGUGUUUGGAGAGGCGAUGUGGUCUCGAUUGGCAUUCUGAGACAGAUGUCAUUAACUAAGUCUAUUUCCAAAGGACCUUUUUCUUCUCAGCCUUCUAGAUCAAAGAAUGAAUAAAGUGUUGUUUCAGGGUCAAUUUUUUAGCCAUCGGACAGUGCUGAAUCUUAUGGCUCGUUUUUAAUACAACUUAAAACCAUUUUAACAUCAAACCAUGUAAGACAACUACAAAACGGGUAUUUUCUUUGUUGUAAACCUGCUUGUGUGUUGAUAUCUUGACAGGUAAUGAAUGAAUUGAGAGUUAGUCUUCUGAAAGGAAUUAAAUGGUAAAAGAAAAGCAAAAUACUGGAAAUGUGAAAUAAGGCGGUGGUUUUAAUGUUGAUAUCUUGACAGUAGGUGAAUGUAUUGACUGUCGGUAUCAGAUUAAGGGGCAGAUUCAUGGCAGCAUGUGAGGAGAGAAAAUGUAUAUUUUGUUUAAAAGGUGCUGCUUUUUUUUCUGAUUGAGUCUGGAUUUUUUUUUCCCUCAAGCUAAAACAUUCUGCAGUCACUAAAAUCAGUCUUACAUCUAAUAAUGUUGAGUUAAUUAAGCCCAGUGAUGACUUUUCAGGGUAAAGAUUAAAAAAAACAUUUUUGAUUUGUGAGCACAGGGCUUAGACUUAUAGUAGUAUUUUUUAACAAUCCUGAACACAUGCUUUCUUUCAAAUAUUCUUCAUGUUUUCUCAUGUUAUGCGAUUUAAACUUGAAAUUGUUCAGCUUUCUAGAAACAGCAGCUUAUACUUUUAAACAUGAAAAGGUGAGGUUCAAAAAUGUGGUUGUAAAUUUAAUACCUGGGUUGUUCUCUACCUGUGUUACUGGUCAUGUGAUAGUCAAGGAAUUACAUUUUGGAGUGCUGUGUGCCAAUGAGACAUAAACAGAAUUUUACAUAAUGGAAUUAUAUAAUGACAUUUCACAUUUCAGAAGCCAGAAUUUGUCUUCAUAUUACUGGAAAAUUAAUGGGCAUUGAGUCACUAGUACAGAACAACCCAUCUGUGAUUGCACUUUAUUCGAUAUAACUUGUCAAUUGUAUUACAACAGAGCUGUAAUUAUUUUUUAAAUAAACAGUCUUAA